UGUGGUUUGGAGCUGCAGGUGUAUCCAGGUGUGCGUUCGUUCGGUCAGCGGAGGAUUUACCGGGAUUUUGUGGCGGUUUCAGCCCUUUAAAACAGGAUGAAGAUGUUGGCGGUGUUCCUGCUCUUCCUGAAAGUUUCCCAGCAUGCCCUGGCUGUGCUGUUGGAGGUGAAUGAGGGGGAAAGGUCUGUCCUGCUGUCCUGUAUAUACUUAGGUUUUAUACCUGAGGACCCCGCAGUGAUGUGGACUCGCGAAGAUCUGGAUCCCAAAUCUGUGCACCUACGAGGAGAAGGAGGAGAUGAUCUUAGAGGACAAAACCGGCAUUACAGCGGACGCACAUCAAUGAGUCCUUACGCUCUGAUCACCAAAGACUUCAGCCUCACUCUGAGGAACCCCAUAAUGACCGACAGCGGCAGCUACACCUGCUCCAUCAGUGCUGGAAGAGAAGAACGGAGACUGAGAGACAUCCAGCUGCAGGUCAAAGACCAGCAGGUGGAGGUGAAGGUGGAGGAAGGCUCAGAGUCUGUCAUCCUGCCCUGCAAAACAACACCUGACCUGCCUGAGGACACCAGGGUGGAGUGGACUCGCUCUGACCGAGGACUAAUGAUGGUCCAUGUGUAUUUAAACAGAAGUGACCACCUUAUGGCUCAGGAUGACUUUUACACAGACCGAACGAAGAUGAAUGAAGACCUGCUGAGAACUGGAGACCUCAGUCUGACCCUGAAACAGCCCACACAGAGAGACACAGGAGGAUACAUCUGCACCAUCUACAGGGACAAAGACAUCCUGAGACACAAAGUAGUGCUGCAGGUCAAAGAACCAUUUCCACCCCGGUCCAGAGCUCUCCUAGUUCUCCCCUUUCUUCUUCUGGUUUCUGGAGGUCUUUUAUUUUAUUUUCGGCACUAUUUUAUGUCAGGUUACAAGGUGGAGGUGGACUCAGGGGUGGAGUCUGUCCAGCUGCCCUGCAAAACCAUAGUUCACCUGCUGAAAGAUGCUAAAGUGGAGUGGAAGGACAGAGACAGCAGGAAGGUCCACAUGUAUCAGAGCAGCUCUGAUCAGCCUGGAGAACAGGACGACUUUUACAGAGACCAAACGAAGGUGAAGAGAAACCUGCUGAAAACUGGAGACCUCAGUCUGACCCUGAAACACCCCACAGACAGAGACACAAACACCUACACCUGCACCGCCUACAACAAGAGGGGAAACAUCCUGAUGAAGAAAGAAGUGCUGCUCACUGUCAGAGUCCCCCAAGUGGAGGUGGAUUCAGGGGUGGAGUCUGUCCAGCUGCCCUUCAAAACCACAGUUCACCUGCCUGAAGAUGCUAAAGUGGAGUGGACGGGCAGAGACAACAUGAAGGUCCAUGUGUAUCAGAGCGGCUCUGACCAGCCUGGAGAACAGGACCAGGAUUACAGAGACCGAACAGAGAUGAAUGAAGACCUUCUGAGAACUGGAGACCUCAGUCUGACCCUGAAACACCCCAUAAAUGAAGACAGAAACAUCUACAUCUGCACCGUCUACAACAGGGAGAGAAACAUCCUGAUGAGGAAACAAGUGCAGCUGAAAGUCAGAGUCCCCCAGGUGGAGGUGGAGUCAGGGGUGGAGUCUGUCCAGCUACCCUGCAGGACCACAGAAAACCUACCUGAAGAUGCUAAAGUGGAGUGGAUGGACAGCUACAUCUUUUACAAAUACAACAGGAAAGUCCACGUGUAUCAGAGCGGCUCUGACCAGCCUGAAGAACAGGACCAGGCUUACAGAGACCGAACGAAGAUGAAUGAAGACCUGCUGAGAACUGGAGACCUCAGUCUGACCCUGAAGUACCCCACAGAUGGAGACAACAACACCUACACCUGCACCGUCUACAACAGGGAGGGAAACAUCCUAAUGAGGAAACAAGUGGAGCUGAAGGUCAAAGUCUGUCAGGUGGAGGUGGAGGAGGGGGCGGAGUCUGUCCAGCUGCCCUUCAAAACCACAGAAAACCUGCCUCAAGCUACUAAAGUGGUGUGCUGGCAUAAUUCAUAUAGGACAGUCUACAUUUAUCAGUACGGCGCUGACCAGCCUGAUGAACAGGACCAGUUUUACAGAGACCGAACAAAGAUGAAUAAAGACAAUAAAGACCUGCUGAAAACUGGAGACCUCAGCUGGACCCUGAAACAGCCCACAGAGAGAGACAGUGGAGAAUACAGAUGUGGAGUCUGGAUUCAUGGAUACAUCAUCAGACAAAAAACAGUGCUGCUCAAAGUCAAAGGCAGAGCUCAGGUCCAGGAUCAAACAGGGAUCAUCAGGAACAGAAGCAGCUCCAUUGAUCCGACUCCUCUGAUGGCUGAUCAAUCAGACCUGUGAUCACUUUAACUCACUAUAAUGGAUUGUUGUCAUUUGUCUUUGUGUCUCUGGCUGUUCUUGUGUGUCUGUGUGUCUUUGGGAUAUUGGAUAGAGUCAUGUGACCUCCCAGGGACUACAGAUGGAAAUGAGCAGUUUAGCUCCAAUCUGGCAGCUUUCCAUCUUCUACGUUUGUACUGAUGUCCAUGAACAUGCACUGUCCCUGUGAUAUUAAUGCAGAUAAA